AUGCACACCACAUAUUUUUCCUCUACCAUAUAUGGUGUUAGCUGCAAACAACCAUUCCCUUUAUCUUUCAAUGGCUAUGAAAGAUUUGACAGAAACUCCUCACAAUUUUCAUCAUGUUGUGCUUGUUGUGACUCUUGUGCUCUCUCCACCCAUAGACUACACUUAAAGCCUUCUCUUCUAAAUGGGUUGAGUCAGUCCACUCUCCUUCAAUUCUCACCAUCUAGGAGGUUUAUUUUCAGAGGUCAUGACCUUUACUUUUCUCAGGUUCCUUAUGCUCUUGUCAGAAGCUCUUAUCACCUUAAGUGCCCUACCAAUGACACAGAUGUUUACAAUACAACUAGAAGAAGCAGAAUAAAGGAACGAUGUUUUUGCUCUGCCUCACAGAAAGGGAGAGAAAAUUUCCCUUCAUUUUCUUCUCAUGAUGAUUCUGAAAUAAUUCUCAGUUUCUUGUGUGAGGAGACAGAUAAAGAUGCUUCAGGUUUCAAAUUGAAGAAUGUAUCUUCAUCCAAAAGAACAGAAAUUAACAACAGAAACAAUGUGGGUAGAGUGAGACAUUUGAAUUUGAGUGAGAAAAUAAAAACAAAGGAAAAAGGAAAUCUAAAGCAACACGAAGCAUCCUCCAUAGACUUGAGAAGAGAGUGUGAAAAACCUGACACUGAAUGGGAAGCCCUUACAAAAGGUGAAAAUUGUAGGAAACAAAGAGAUAUGUCUAGUUGUUCAUCUUAUUACACGCUUUCGUCAGGAGAUUUUGAGAGUGACUUGGAAGUGCAACAUAAUAUGGGUUUGGAAGAAUUUUCCCUGGGAUAUGACAAGAGUGAACCAAACCAUAUGGAGGGCAAGGUAAAGGAAGAAUUCAACAGACAGAAAGAUCACUCAAAGAAGGUGCACGGCGUUUCAAAUAAAGAAAGUGUUGUAUUUGGUACGGAUAUUGAUUGGAACAUAAGAAAGAAGUCUGAAAAAAAGUUGACCGAGGAAAUCGUUCCGGAGAUUGAAUCCACAAGAGAGCACCAAUAUAUGCGUCCAAGAGAAUCUACAAUACAUGAAUCUGGUUAUAAAAGAGCUUCUCUUUCACAGAAGAAAGUCCAUUGUGAGGAAGAUAAUGCAUCUUUUGUAAAGCAUUUCGAUAAGAAAACAAACAAGGCAUACAUUCAAGUAGAAGACAGAAGAAAUCAUCAAUCUGCAUAUACACAAGAGUCCGGUUGUGACGAAAACGAGUCAACUUUAUUAUCAGGAAAGAAAUUCAGUGGCAGUGAAGGGAACCUUGAAAUGUGCAACACACUGUGUAAGGAAACAAGUGACAGAAAUGAAAAGUUUGUUGGUUCUACUUCUACAACCGGAAAGGAAAGCUUAAAAUCAAAGAAGAUAUUUGCUAGCAAGGAAGGGAAAUUGGAGAUAUCAGAAACACAUUUACAGGAAACAAGUGAUAAAAAUAAAAACUUCAUUGGUUCUUCUUCUACCAAAACAAUGGAUGUAAUAGAUAAAGGUUCCCAAAAAUAUAUAGAAAAUUUAAAUUUUGAAAACACUGAGAGGACCUCUGUUGCUAGGACGAAGAACAUGGGAGAAAAAAAGAACUCAGUUCUGAGUUCUUCUCAAGGAGUGAGGUUGCAACACGAAAGAGAGAAGACCAUUACACAAGAUGAUGCCAGAAGAAGAAAAUCCCAACAAGUUUCUGAAGUAUCACAAGCUCAUGGGAGUUAUGUUGAAAAUAUAUCUGUCAUGAAGUCUAAAGCUAGUGUGAAGAACAAAGAAGAAAGUUCAUACAUAAGCCCACAUGCAAGGGAUUCGUGGCUCCAAACUGGUAGAAGGAAAACUCAGAGUGUUCAACAUAGAAAAGGAUAUGAACAUGUCAGCACUUUAUCUGAAGGCCGUGCCAAUGAGGAAAAGCAUGUUUCGAGUUCUCAAAUAACUUCUGAGAAGAUGAGUUUUAUUCCAAAAAGUAAAUUGGCACCAGCUGUUAAAACUAGAGAAAAUUCUUCUCAAACUGAUGAAACUGCCUCAAGAGAGAAAUCCAGCUUCCAGGGAUCAUUAAAUUCAGUUUCCGAGGCUGGAAAACAACUGAUGUUAGCAGAAGGUAAUGAAAGGAGUUCUGAAAUAAUGUUGAUCCCUUCUUCCCAAAUGGGUAGAGUUUCAGCUCAUGUUGAACGCACUGCUGGGUUUGCCAGCCACCUUGAAACUUCAGAAAGCAGCUCUUCUGCUUUGUAUGACAAUUUGGGAAUAAGUCCUGCUAUGCUUUCGGGACCACCAUAUAGCGGGCCUUCUAUUAUCACGACUCCGGAAGAUGUGCUUGUUUCAGCUAUUUGUUUUGAGGAAUCAUCGAAACAGUUUGUUGAUGAGUUCGUGGGCAGGGUCAAGCAUGAAGUCACAACUUCUGAAAUACAAGAGAUGGAAGUCGCUAGAACAAAGUCGUCCUUUGAUGUUGUGGAUAAUCAGAGGCAACAAGGCACUCAAAAUGACUCUCAGUUAAAAAAUCCCAAUUCUAACCAUUCCAGUGGGAUUCUUGGUGCCAAAGGAAUUUCUGAUGAAAUGUGGGAUGUAAAAGAACCAUCUGUUGGGCAUGGUUUAUUAGCCGAAAAACCAGAGAUCAACAAUGAAACUGCAAGACCAAUUGUCUAUAGAACUGGAAGGUCCCUAUGGAGAGUGAUUUCUGAUAUUGUUCGAUUACGUUGGAAUUCACAUGCUGGUUCGUCCUCUUCUGCUGGAAGAUCAGGUGAUAGAAACUCACCAAACAAAUCUGACAGUGAGACAUGGUUUUCUGGGCAAGAGCAUGAGGAAACCGGUAAAAGUAAUGUGAUGAAAGAAACAAGUGUGCUACCACAAGCCAUGACUUCUGAUAAAUCAAAAGCAAGUUCUCGUUAUACCCAAAGUGAGGGAGAGGUGUCUGAGACUAAAAUGUUGAAGGACAAAGGAAAACUUAUUGAAGUUGGAUCAUCUUUUCCAAAUAAAGUGGAAAGUGGAUCAACAUCAAUAGGUACCUCAUAUGCUGAUGGAGAGGAAUUUUCUAGUUGUACUGAAAAUGAAAAAGCUUUGAAAGUCACUACUUCUAGCUUUAAAAAAAUGGAGUCACCAAUUCCACUAUCGGUUAAAGUGAAACCUAUUGCAGGAGAAAUUAUAAAUAUUGGUGGAUCCAACAUUUCUCGAACUGAAUCAGGAGUGCCAAUAAAAGAACCCGUUGCUCCAACAAAGACUGAAAUGUCUGGCUCAGAAAAAAAAGAUGGAGAGUUGAAACAAAGGAAAUUUCAGCGGAAAGGGCAGGUUUUAAGAGAUAGAUUCGAUGACUGGGAAGAGGCCUAUAAAGUUGAACUCGAGCAGCGAAGAAUUGAUGAAUUGUUCAUGAAAGAAGCACUUUUGGAAGCCAGGAAGGCUGCUGAUACUUGGGAAGUUCCUGUGGGUGCUGUUCUUGUGCAGCAUGGAAAAAUUAUUGCCAGAGGAUGCAACUUAGUAGAAGAGUUGCGGGACUCCACAGCCCAUGCAGAGAUGAUCUGUAUACGAGAAGCUUCAAAAUUUCUUCACUCGUGGAGAUUAUCAGAAACUACACUUUAUGUAACGCUUGAACCCUGUGCAAUGUGCGCUGGUGCCAUUCUUCAGGCAAGAAUAGACACUGUUGUGUGGGGAGCUCCCAAUAAGCUUCUUGGAGCUGAUGGUAGCUGGAUUAGGCUUUUCCCUGACGGAGGAGAAAAUGUUUCAGAAGGCAGAGAUAUAGCUCCUGCACCAGUUCACCCAUUCCAUCCGAAAAUAAAAAUAAGAAGAGGAGUAUUGGCAACAGAGUGUGCAGAUGUAAUGCAGCAAUUCUUUCAACUGAGAAGGAAAAAUAAGAAGGAAGAGGUACCAAAGGAACCCUCUUGCCUUCCUGUUACUCAUCACCAUCCUGCCAAGUUACUUAAUAAGAUACAUGACAUAUUUCAUCUAAUGUUUUGUCUCUAA